AUGGCCCCUCGAGUACCCACCACACGCACUUCACAAACUUCUCCCCCAGCAACACCUCCAAAUUCUGUUGUUGUCCGCGAUGCUCUAGACUUCUUCGCCCAAGUAAAACAAGAGUGUUCUGCGGAGACUGUGAAACAAUUCGUCAAACUAAUGCGAGACUACGACAAACAGAAACUCGACGAACAGCAAGUAGUCGAGCGCGUGACUCGGUUAUUCUCGCAGUUUCCAAACCUACUUCGUGGCUUUCUUAAAUUCCUGCCCGGAAAGUCUUGUGACGCAGUCGCUUACGUCGACAGAGUGAAAUCAGAGCUUAGUGGACAACCAGCAGAGUAUACUCAGUUUCUCGAAAUAUUUACAAAAGACUUCCAAGUUCGACCUGAUUGCCUGAUUGAGGCUGUAGAAAGGCUUGCCAUAUUGUUCAUUGGAAGACAGCAUUUAAUGGACGGUUUCCUGGCGUUUUUGCCAGCUGGUUUCGGCGUUGUAUACGAAGCAACGCCGGACCAUAAGUGUGUCAUUAGAAUAUAUACUCCGGCCGGACCCGGGAAUACGAUAUAUCAAAGAAUGGAUGAUAAGAUUUAUAAAGUGGCCCCUGUCAUGACGGAAAGUCCGGAAUCAAUGAAGCCAUGA